AUGACGCUCGUCGAGGAGUUCAAGUCGAGGAAUUUCAGUAUAUACGGCCAAUGGACCGGCGUCAUCUGCAUCAUCCUCUGCUUCGCCUUGGGCAUCGCGAACAUCUUCAACUUCCACUGGGUCAUCCUCUUUAGCGUCAUCUGCCUUGUAUGCGCCUUCAUCAUCCUCUUCAUCGAGAUCCCGCUCCUGCUUCGAAUCUGCCCGACUUCGCCCAAGUUCGAUGCCUUCAUCCGCCGAUUCGAGACCAACUACAUGCGCGCGGCAAUCUACGGCGUCAUGUCGCUCAUUCAGUGGCUAUCCAUCAUCGCAAAGGUCACCUCGCUGAUUGCCGCUGCCGUCGUUCUCCUGUUCGCAGGUCUGUUCUACGCGCUGGCUGGUAUCAAGGGACAAGAGUUCCAGAGCAGUAAGACGCUGGGUGGGCAAGGUGUUGCACAGAUGAUCGUAUAA